UACUCAUCCAACCGGUCAGAAUGGACUAUGCACCGAUGGUUGGAUAAUGUUAGAAGAGGUUACAAAGGAUAACGCCGGUUACAUAUAAAUUUAGAUGACUGCAGGUUGAUUAAACGACACAGGGUUAUGAAUUAGGUGGGAGAUAUAUACUGUAGGUUUGCAAUUGCAUUACCAUUUAGUAAAUGAAGUCUUCUAGUAGCAGAAUAAUGAUGGAUUUUCCAGACAUUUUCAAUCCAGUUUAUAUUUUAUCCGGUAGUAUUGUCCUUAGUACCAUGAUUUUGUGGUACUGUCGACGACGUCGCAAUUCUCAGAAAUUAUACACAGCAGGAUUUUUUUAUAACCCGAAUCAGCUGAAUAGUUAUGUAUAUGAAAAUUGCAAGUCUCUAUCUACACAAUGUAAGCCAACGUUUUUGUUCUCAAAUGGUCAUAUACAAAGUAUACUGGCUUCGUAUCUUUCUCCCGUCAAGCUGACCUCACGACGAGAAUAUAUAGAUUUAACCGAUGGUGGCCACAUUGCUCUUGACUGGAUUGAAGAAACACCUAAUUUAUCUGAAGACGCUCCGAUAAUAAUUGUUCUUCCAACUUUAACAGGAGAUUUAGAUAGUUGUAGUCGAUUCUGUCACCAGGCACAUCUUCGGGGAUAUCGAUCUGUCGUUUUCAAUAAGAGAGGACACGGUAAUACCGAAUUAAAAGUUCCAAAAUUACAAGGAUUUGGUGAAACAUUGGAUUUACGACAAGCAAUAGAACAUAUCCACAAGGAAUUCCCCCAGGCACGUUUAGCCAUUAUUGGAUCAAGUGCAGGAUCAGGAUUAAUGUCAUCAUAUCUUGGAGAGUAUUCUAGUUCGGCCAUUGUGGAAACUGGUGUAGCUAUAUCCCCUGGUUACGAUAUGGUUAGUUUAUUUGGAUACCAGUUGCCCAGAUUAUAUGAAUUUAUUUUGUUGUUCAAUUUGAAGAAAAUACUGAAACAGCACCAAGAUAAACUAGGACAUAUUGUUAAUUACUCAUCUGCUUUAAGUUCAUGGUCUUUCUCUGAAUAUGAUUACCAUGUGUAUAGUAAAUUUGGAGGUCAGAGUUCUGCUUUACAAUACUGGAAAGAAAAUAAUCCUAUGAGAGACGCUGGGAAGAUUACUGUUCCUGUGUUACUUAUAAGUAGUCUAGAUGAUCCAGUCUGUGUUAAAGAAAAUAUUCCAUUUGAUAAACUACCGGAAAAUGAAACUUUUAUGUUGGUAACUACAGACAAGGGAGGUCACUGUGGAUUUUUAGAAGGUUGGAGUUUAACAUCUUGGUCUGACAGAUUAGCAUUAGACUACAUUGAUACCAUUUUAAAAUAUAAAUCAGAGAACAAAGCAGAAUAAUGCUGAACACUAAUCAGGACAUUACAUCAUUGUUAAUCUGAUACCAUUGACUUAUGAAGCUGGGCAUUUUAGAGAUUAUUACUUUUAAUUGAUGUUUAGUAUGCAUAGAAGAAAGUGUUCAGAAAUUAGACAGUGUGUAACAAGGUGUAAAUGAUGCAAUUUCUAGUGUAAAAGUGUGACUACAUGUAUUUUAAUACCCAUCACUAUUGAAUACACAAACCUAACCAAUAGUGGUGUAUAUCAAUCCAUAGUCACGGUUUUAACACCUUACAGACAUAACACCUACUUACUGACUACUGCCUGAUUGCUAACAAUUUGAACUAAUAAACAUUAUAUAUAUUAAACAAGGACUUUGAUCCAUUUGUGACAAAUAUUGUCACUACUAAAAGUUAUUUAUUCAUAAGUCAACGAUAUCAACUUUACAUUACAUGUAUAUCUUCACUGUUAAAAUAUUAAAGGGUAAUUGUUGGGGUUUUAAGAUAUUUAAAUCCUACAAUGCAUGGGCCAUUGUGAACAAUGUUAGCAAAUGUAUUUUUGUAUGCUAUAUUCAGCACAAUUAAGUGUUUUUAUAGUGAAAUCAUGUGUUAAUGAAAUAUUGCAUUUAAUUAUGAAAACAGUUUAAAAUUUUGUUUUUCAUCAACUGGACCGGUAAAUUUAUUGAUAAUUUAUUUUAUUUAUUGUUUUAAUAUUUCAUUUACAUUUUCAUUUGUUCAUUAUAUUAUUUAAUAAA